GCUCAUCAAAUCACUGAUCCUUCAUUCAUCCCCCCUCCCCCCUUACCAACAACCAAUCGACCGACGAACCAAUCGACCGACGAACCGCGUCUCCCCCCUUCCCAUUACUCCAUCAUCCCCCCUUCCCAUUACUCCACCCAUCACGUCAAGCGAUGACCGUGCUUCUGAGAGCAUCGCGUUCACUGCUGCUGCAGCAGGUGCUGCUGCGGCGCCCGUGCGUGCGCGUUGUUACUGCCAGCAACGCGCUUGCUGCCACCAGUCAAGUUCGCGGCGUGCACACUUCCAAGGACAACGAACAGUUGGAAGGAAAAGUCCACGACGUCUCUGUGCAGCAUUUCCGCCGCUCCAACAACCCUCAUCCGCUCUUCAGCAAGGUCGACGAUCACGGCAACCCAGUGUGGGUCAACCCUGUGGACAACAAGGUGUGGAGCGAGGAGGAAGUGAAGGACGUGAAGGUGACGCACAUCGAUCCCAAGGACCGCCAUGACCGCGUCGCCUACUACCUCAUUCGCAUGAUCCGCAGGGGCUUUGACAUCUUCAGUGGCUAUGCGUUUGGGCCCAUCAACGAGCACAAGUUCCUGCGCCGUGUCAUCUUCUUGGAGACCGUAGCAGGCAUCCCAGGUAUGGUUGCAGGAAGCCUUCGCCACCUCAAGUCCCUUCGACUCAUGAAGCGUGAUCACGGCUGGAUCCACACCUUGCUGGAGGAGGCUGAGAACGAGCGCAUGCACUUGCUGACGUUUAUGCAGCUGAGGGAGCCUGGCUUGCUCUUCCGUGGCAUGGUCCUCGCUGCCCAGGGCGUCUUCUGGAACCUGUACUUUCUCGGCUACCUCGCGUCCCCACGCACGUGCCACCGCUUUGUCGGCUACCUGGAGGAGGAGGCUGUCAAGACAUACACAGACGCCAUCAAAGCGCUGGACGACGGCCUCAUGCCCACAUGGACCAACAAGCCCGCCCCGGACAUUGCCAAGACAUACUGGGGCCUGGCUGACGAUGCGCUCAUGCGCGAUGUCUUGCUCGCCGUGCGUGCAGACGAGGCCAACCACCGCGACGUCAACCACACCCUGUCCACCCUCAAGACCACAGACGUCAACCCAUACGUCAGCGGCAAGUGAGGGGAUGGGCGUGUCUUUGCUCUUUCCUUUCUUCUUCUGCUCUUCUGCCGCCACCCUGUUAUCAUCAUCGUCCACUCGUCUCUUGCGUGUUGUGCGCCAUGCCUUUUUUUUUCCUUCGUGGCAUGAUUGAUUUCUUUUGUUGUUGUUGUUGUUGUUGUUGUUGUUGUUGCUGUUGUUGCUACAAUGCUGCUGACAAGUGUGUAAUAAGUGUGUCUGCCUCCGUCCUUGAUGAUGUGCGGACACACACACACACACACACACAUCCAACACUAAGUACACUGUUGCUCUGCAACACACAGCAACAACAAACGACAACGAGUGAGAGAACGUGCGAGUGCAACGUUGUACGAUGCGG